AUUCCAUUAAAAAAGAAAUGGUAGAAAGAAAGCAAAAAUAAUUGUGAUCAAAACAGGCAGCGGUGCACAAAGUAAAGCUGCGAGCGAAAAAAGUGCGUAUAUAAAAAUUACGCGAAUCCAAUAAAAACGAGCAUAUAUCGUUGAGUCAAAGUGGUAUAAAGUAAAAAAUAUUAAUCAAAUAAAUAUAAAAAAAUCGCCACAGCAAUAAGAGCACGCAGUUGGCAGCUACCUCGUCGCCACGUAGCACUUCACGGCGUCUCGCAGGAUCCUUGCCACUUCGACUCCCCAACAACCAAUUCCGAGUAGUAUACCAGUGGCUGCCGCAAACACAACAACAACUGCGUUCAUUGCCACGGCGGCAAUCUCGCAUUCAUUCACAUCUUCAGCGACUUAUUGAGCAGCGACUUGCCACCGACUUCGUCGUCAACUACAACUCCAGCGCCGCCGUCGCUGUUGCUGUCGCCGUCGCCUUAACUCUGACUGCGACUGUGACUCUAAAAUGGUCAAAAUGGAAUUUCUUAAAAGGAAACAUUUUUCAUUGUGGAUUAUAACGACAUUUGUACUCGUGGCUGGCAUUUUGGAUGGUUGCGUCGGUCUGCAGGGCGUACCAACAUGGAUUUGUCUCGGCGUGAAAUCACCGUUCAUCGAAUUCAGUAACGAAGUAGAGGUGCUGGCCAAUAGCAGUGUUCCUCUCAAUAUAACCAAAGAUGAGCAGGCGCUCAUGCAUCAAGAGGGUUUACGAAAAUUGGGUACAUUCAUAAAGCCCGUAGAUUUACGUGACUCAGCGACGGGUUUCGUCAAAGCCGAUUUAACCAAAAAAAUACCGAAUACCGCAGCGAGCACGAGCAGUAAUACACAUUAUGGCGGUGGUGGUAUUGUUAUGGCGCAACGACGACGCCAUCCCAUACAAGAAGAAAUGGAUCAAAAACAAAUUAUUUUACUUGAUGAGGAUACCGAUGAGAAUGGUUUGCCCACAAGUUUAACAGAUGAAGAUCGAAAGUUCAUAGUGCCGAUGGCGUUAAAGAACGCCUCACCAGAUCCGCGUACACUUAUGGCUACACAGCGCCUGGUAGGCACCACAACACGUGGCACAACAACGACGACGACCACAAGACGGCCCACAACACCGGCCACACCGGAGUUCGCUUCGAAUAUUGAUGAUCUGAAGAAGCAUAUUUUAUUCUUACAAAAUUUAACGAAACACGAUAGUAAUUUCCAAUCGAAAUUCGUUGUGUUUCCAAGUCUGCAGAAAGAUCGCCAAACACCAGUUUUAGCGACAACAACAACAACCGCGCGUCCUUUUCGCUCGAUCUUUCAGUACUCAGCGCCCGUCACACCACCUACACGCAAAUCGGCCUUCCCGAGCGGUGCGAAAUUGCCUGGCGGCCAACCUUUUGGUGGCUAUUAUCACAACGAUGAUGAAGACGACGGCGGCAUGUCUGUGUUUCUCUCACAAGCGGGCAUGAAUGCGCGAGACAAAAUCACUAUUGUGCCACAAGUUUUAUUGUUGAAUGAUCAAACGAUUAAGAAUGAUACAAGUGGUGGUGAUGCGCGAGGUCGCAAUGCCGAUAAGACCGCAGCUGGUGUGGCACAAACUGUUGCUGUCACUACACCGACCACACCGGAAACAACAACACCUAUGACCAGCACUACACCCCGACGACCUACCAAAAAGCCGUUGUGCAUACGCAAUCCAGAUUCACCAAAAUGCAUACGCCAACGUAAACGCGAAGAGCAACAACGGCAGCGUCAUCGCGAACAAUUGCUACGCGAACAGCGUGAAUAUUUAAGACCACACUAUGAGCCCUACAUACAGACCCUGAAUAAUACAAAACGUUUUGCCGUUUCCAUUGAAAUACCCGAUUCCUUCAAGAUACACUACAACGAAAGUACAGAAACGACGACGUUACCAACAAUUCGUGUCGACGAAGGUGAAUUGCAAGAGCUUUCACGUUCCAAACGUUCGCAUCAUAAACGCCGCAAUAUAGGUGGCGGUCAGCAAGGUCGUCGCGCCGGUAAUAAUGAUAAAUUCGCUGCUAAAUACAGUACGAGCUAUUUCGAGCGUGAUACCGUGAUAACGGGCGCACGCGAUAUUGCUGCCGAUCAAUCAAGCAUGCCAGCGAUAAAUGGUAGCACUCCAAGUCCAACGGUACCGGCCUAUUCAGAACCAAUCGAUUUGAAUCCAGAUAACUGUUAUCAAGUUGACGGCAUGACUUAUGGCCAGAAGAAACAGUGCGUACUGCAUACGAGUGUUAUGCCGGCAAUAAGUCGCGGUGCGAGAGCGGCUAUACAGGAAUGUCAAUUUCAAUUCAAAAACCUACGCUGGAAUUGCAGCACAACAGACGAUAAUACCGUCUUCGGCCCGGUAACAGGAUUGGGCUCACCGGAAAUGGCUUUUAUUCACGCGCUUGCUGCUGCUAUGGUGACCAGUUUUAUAGCUCGUGCCUGCCGCGAUGGGCAAUUGGCGUCAUGUGGUUGUUCGCGUGGGUCGCGCCCUAAGCAAUUGCACGAUGAUUGGACGUGGGGUGGCUGUGGCGAUAAUUUGGAGUUUGCCUACAAAUUCGCCGUCGACUUCAUUGAUGUGCGCGAAAAGGAGACGCGGCGCGGCACACGCGGCGCUGGCAAUCCGGAGCGCAAACGCGGCCGCUUCCAUCAGCGGCGCAAUCAGCAAGUGCAACAAACAAUGCAAGCUGAUGACGCGUCUGCAGCCGGGUUUUCGCUGUCGGCUACAACGACGCUAAAAACGAUUGCAACAACAACAACGACGACAACAACUGCAGCGCCACCAGUAGCACAAUUAGAGGCGUUCGCCAGCGAAAAUGAAUAUAUCAGCAGCGACAAGGAAAACAUGCAACAACAAAAGCAACUAUUCCAACAACAACAACAGCAGCAGCAGCAGCAACAAAUAUCCAAUAAAACUGUCAGUCUUGAUGGCAAUCAACACAGCAACGAGGACAAGGCGCAGGCGGUGGGAAAUAAUACCAACAUGUCAACAGCAACGCUAACCAACUCUAAGGACACCGUCAACACACAAGCAACAACGCGAAUAGCGGCAAUGGCAACAGCACAAAAAUCAGCGCCGAGCCGUGGCAGCAGCAGCAAUAGUGGCAAUAACAACAGGCAGCAAUCAAACCGCGACGCUAAUGCUGACUUCUCCUCCGAAGAAGAAGCGGCUAGACGCAUCAAACCGGAAGAUUUAUUAGAGUUGCAGGAGCGUAUCACAAAGGAAAUACUCAAUUCGAAAUUGCAGGGCAAGGAAAUGCAGGAAUUGCAGGAGAAAAUCAAUCGCGAAAUUCUAAACACAAAGGUGUUCAAUAUGGAUGCGGGCGGCGGUGGCGGCAAGCGCAAGCGAAGACGUAAAAAUCAACGCGCCAUCAACGGUAUGCCAAACGAUCAGCAAGCAGACGCCACAGCGAACGGCGCGGCCGCCGAUGGCGGUAGUGAGGGUGCUGGCAAAUGGAAGAACAGCAUUGCGGCCAAGGCACGUAGUCUAAUGAAUUUGCACAACAACGAAGCGGGGCGGCGGGCUGUCCUCAAGAAAACGCGCAUCACCUGCAAAUGCCAUGGUGUCUCUGGUUCAUGCAGUUUGAUCACCUGUUGGCAGCAGCUCUCAUCGAUCAGAGAAAUCGGCGACUAUUUGCGUGAAAAGUAUGAAGAGGCUACGGUGGUGAAAUUGAAUAAACGUGGUCGUUUACAAGUGAAAGACACGCAGUAUAAAAUGCCAACGUCGCACGAUUUGGUGUAUCUGGAUGAGAGCCCAGAUUGGUGUCGCAAUAGCCGGCAGUUGCAGUGGCCAGGCACGCAUGGUCGCAUAUGCAAUAAAACAUCGUCCGGCUUGGAUGGUUGCGGCAUCUUAUGCUGCGGUCGAGGCUACAACACCAAAAACAUUGUGGUGCGCGAACGCUGCAAUUGUAAAUUCCACUGGUGCUGCCAGGUCAAAUGUGAUGUCUGUGUGAAAGUGCUCGAGGAACACACCUGUAAAUAAGUAAAUAAUUAUAAAAAAAAAAAAACAAAUAUAACAACAAACAUACGAAAAUAAAUAACUAAAAAGCAAAUGAUAAAAUGAAACUACUCAACAACACAUGACGGCGGCAAAGAGGCGAUAAACACAAUAAAAAAAUAGUAUAUAAAGCUAAAAAUACAUGAAAUUAUAACACAGAAAAAAAAACCGAGCAUUCUCCAAAACAGUUGCUGUGCCCCCGCUCCGAUAAUCCCUUCGUUUGGCCGCAGCAUUACAAGUAUGCGUGUUAAACCGCUCAGACGGACAUACAUACAAGUAUAUAAAGUUAAGCAGUAUGUAUGUAUGCAUCAGCUAUAAAUAAAAUACGCGCCUAACGGCAUGUGAAACAAUUAACUGUAAAUUAAAACAGCUAAGUAACUGCACAAAUGAAAUGAUAUGAGACACAAAAUAGAAACGCUGAGUUGUCAAGCACACACA